AUGGAACGAUUCUCUUGCUGCACAGAGUCAUCCAGAAGUUCCUUUGAGCACGUUCCUUUCAUGAUCUGUGACUAUGAUCCUUAUGAUUCGCUUCAGACUCGAAUAGAGAAGACCAAUUUUUCUCAAGAACAGAAGCAAGAAGAAGAGAAAAAGUCGAAGAUUCUAGAGGAUAUUGGAGAGCUCGGUGGUCAAAUAGAUGGAGAUGAUGAACAAGGUGCAGGAUUCGUAGCCUGCAGUUGCUAA